AUGGACAUAGACGAGAAUGAUGUGUUUUUACCGAAAAGUCCAUUUCCACGGCGUGGAGCUCGUAGUCUUAAAAUUCAACGACUUGUUGACUGCCAGCAUUUUCACUAUCCAUCGGUUGAACUUGGUCCAAUAAAAGUCCAGUUUAUUGCCAUCAAUCCAAACGAAAACGCAGAAGAACGCAUUAAAUUUUGCGUUGAAAGCGAAUCAAAUACCUGGUUCGUUGAGCGAUCGCGAGAAGAAUGGGCAAUAUUUGACCGGCAGCUGCAUCGAUGUGUUUUCGAAAGACGCUAUUCCAACUUGGGCGAAUUGUUUCCACACAUUCAUGUCGACAAAGCCCAGCUCGAGACCAUUCUAAUUAACUACACAGAACGCUUAUCAGAUCUUACUGGAAGUAUAAUUACUUGUUAUCCGGUUUUGAAGUUUCUUGAAGUGGAUUGUAAAGGAGGACACUUUGAGCCAGCUGAAGAAACAUCCAUAAAUGUACCGGCUAUUGCAGCAGCGGUGGUAACUAAAGACUUCGAGCCGACACAUUACUCCCAUCUGCGGCUGAGGAUUGGUGAUAUUGUUUCGAUAACUGAAAUGACAUCAAAUCGUCAAAACGACGUCACUUAUUGGAAAGCAAAACUAACGAUAUCAGGACAAAAGUCGCAAAACGCUCAUAAUCCUCGACUAGGAUUUGAAAUUGGCUAUUUUCCAAGUGAUUGUGUGACGCUUAUAGAUGACAAAAGACUUUCAAAUCCGAUCAGUUCUGAUCGAAAGCCAAUUCGUAAUACAAGGAACUAUAUGAGUAGCAUGUUCCGCAAUCGCCGUCGUGAGCUAAUUUUCGGAGUUGAUCUCACAGAAGUGUUUGUUCGAAACGGUAGAAAAGUUCCGAAUAUUGUCCAGAACUGUUGCGCUGCAAUAGAAGAUCAGGGUAUUGUCACGGGUAUAUACAGACAAUGUGGUAUUCAAUCAAACAUUCAACGGCUUAGGGCAAAAUUCGAUGGCGGCGCUGAGCCUGAUUUGCAAGAAUUUGGUCAUCGGGAUAUUUACUCAGUUUCUUCUCUCCUGAAGCAAUACUUCAGACAGUUACCAAACCCACUUUUUACCUACCAAAUCUAUUCAAAAUUAAUGGAAGUUUUUGAAGAAGACGCUGAAGACAAACCAAAAAUUGAAAAACUUCAAGCCGUCCUCGAAACAAUGCCUGAAGCUCAUUAUAAGACUGCUAAGUUUCUGAUGGAGCAUCUCUCACGGCUAUGUCAAUCAAAAGCUUUAACUGACAUGACAUCAAAAAAUCUGGCCAUAGUUUGGUCUCCGAAUCUAUUUCGAGCGCCACCAACGUUAAACAGAGCAGAUGCUCAUCUGCUGAGUGGGCUUAACGUUCAUACGGCGAUUUGCGAUUUCUUCAUCGAGAAUGCUGACAAAUUGUUUACAUACGAGUUUGAACAUGAUCAAAGCCAGUGUACCACGUUAGAUAAUAGCUUUUCGAUGAUUUCCAAAUCGGCAACAAUGUCCGAUAUGCGAUCAACAACAGAAUCGAAGUGGCCAAGGUUCUUCCGCGGAAAAUCUGUUGAAGGAUUUUGGAAAUUUAAUAGAAAACAGCAAAGCUCUGCUAGUGAACUUUGUGCUUCGCCCACAAGUGAAGUAAAAUGGAGAAGAAAUGCGCGAUCGCACUCCACAGAUGCAACACUGCAAUCCUCUCGAACUGACAGUUUUAUUCAAUUCAUGCAUUCUGGAAUGGAUCAUUUCCGGGAGGGAAUGCGGAUUUUCAGAGCACGAGCCCGAAGCAUGAGACCUACUUCAAGACCGCCACCAUCUCCAAGAACUAGACGAGCUCGAUUUUCUAAUGGAAGCUCUACGAGCACAAGACUUAGUGCUCAGAAUUGUGUACAAGACGUCAUGUCAAUUUCAAAUUCGCAAGAAACCACUCCGAGUGAAUUAAAAAAUGGGCAUUCUUCCAUCAUCACAAGAACAAUAAGCGUAAGUGAUGCCGAUGAAACAAGCGUGGAUGAUAGCGGCAAUCUUCGUGAAAGAAGAGUCAUGUUUAAGACAACUACGCAAGAGCAUUGCACCCCUAUUCAUGAAAGGUCGAGUCCCGUGGAAGAAUGGUCAAGCGAUUCUAGAGAAAGUCUUCAUUUGGAAAUGUCACGAUAUGAUAAUGUCUCCCCAAGUGGCACAAUCACGAGAAAUAGCAGUAAAACGUUUUCAUCUCCGGCAAUAUUUUUUGAACAAUCGCGUACCAGCCAAUUAUUUUUAACUUAA